AUGGGUACAAGCUAUAAACAUGGGACGACUAGUAUGUUUUCUCAAUUUUUCAAAAAAAGAAAAAUUUCCCACCCUCGUUAUCCUACUCAUUUAUAUCACGUUAGUAUUGGAGAAACUGGCGAACUUAUAGGUUUACCAAAAGAAUGGACUCUGGAGGCUCCUCAUGCUUUUAGAAAACAUCCAAUCGCAAAAACAAAUCCACAAACACAAUCACCUGAACAACAGAAUCCUCCUCCUCCAGAACCACAUCCUCCUCCAAUAUCGCGUUCUCCUCCAUUACCACAAUCUCCUCUAAUACAUCCAAAAUCAAUAUUAGGAAGAAUAGGAAAGUCAUCUUCAGCACCUACAUCAACAGUAAAAUCACAUCAUGCUCUAUCUCAACAGAAGGAGAAAGAAAAUAAUGUAUUUUCUGAAUGGAUUGAUAAAGCAGUAUCCAACAAUUACUUAAAACUUCACAAGUAUGGAGUAUUUAGUGAUACUAAAGAAAUUGGUAGUGUUGUAAAACUUUUAGAUAAAGUUGACAUCAAUGAUCCAAUACAAGUCGUCGAUGAUGUUCCUUCACCAGAUUUAACAACAAACAUAAAUGACCCAUCAUCGAAUUCCACGGAGAAUCAAAUUGUCGGAUCAAAAACAUAUUUGUUUGAAAUCACUAGUACAAUGGAAAGAAGACUUUAUGAGGAAUAA